UUUAGCUUGUUGCUGGAAGUUGAAGAAACAAAAAUAAUAAUACUCUGCUAUGGGGAGAAGACCUGCUAGGUGUUAUCGUCAAAUAAAGGGAAAGCCCUAUCCAAAAUCGCGAUAUUGUCGUGGUGUGCCUGAUCCUAAGAUCAGGAUUUACGACGUUGGUAUGAAGAAAAAGGGGGUCGAUGAGUUUCCGUGUUGUGUUCAUUUGGUUAGUUGGGAGAAAGAAAAUGUGUCUAAACACGUAUGGGAAGCUGCGCGUAUAGCGUGUAAUAAGUACAUGGUUCUGCUUUCUGUUAGGUGCAGGGAUUCAAACAGUCAUCACGCCCAAGAAGCUUUGCGUCGUGCAAAGUUCAAGUUUCCUGGCCGCCAGAAAAUUAUUAUUAGCAGUAAAUGGUUAUCAUAUUUGUCCAAUUAGGAGCUUUGCAUUAAGGAUUCCAUGAAGACACAGGAUUGUGAAAUAUAUAGGCACUCUUCGCCUUUUUACUUCUUGGGUGCCAUGGACCUUUAGCUGCGAGAGAACCAGGACGAGCAUUUUUACCCGGGACUGUUUGAAACUAUAUCCUCGUACAUUGAGACGAGAUGAACUAUGCAUAUCAUGUGUGAUUUAGUAGCUAGUGUAGUUUAGCUAUGCAGAAAAUAAAAUAAAUUGAAGUUAAGGAAUUGGUGAAUAUCUCCCCAUCAAACAAAUCUCACGCAGAUCAGCUAGAGUAGUUUAGGAGGGUUUCUUCAGCUAUGUAUUUAUUGGCCUUCUGGUGCAUGUUUAGGGGUGUUUCUUAGUCUCUUUCUUUGAGGGAUAUUGAUGGCGGUUUCUGUACAUUCGUGUUAAUUAUACAGCUAUUAGUAGUGUAAUAUCUCCCAUGCCAGAAAUUAUUCACAUUCAGUAGCCGAAAAAAUGUAAAAAUUUGUA